AUGGGACCAUCAGAUGUGCCUCCAUCCGAUAUCAGCACUGGCAGUAGUACUAGUGAUAGUGCCGGUGGUACAGAGGUUGGCGGCAGUGCUGGUGCUGGAGGUGGAGGUGGAGGUGGGGGUGUAGCAAGACUUAGUGGAGAUCAAAAAGCUACAGUUCAUACAUUUGCUGAUGUAUUACCGGCAUUUAAAGCUUUACUGUAUGAUAAAAACAACGUACAGAUUGACAAAUUACUGUCACAAUUCGAGGAGAAGGCCCAAGUGCCUCGUGAACAACUUGUUUACGGCAUAAUGGGUCUGGUUGCUAUAUAUUUGGUUUUUGGAUCACUGGCUCAACUUAUAUGUAAUCUGAUAGGUUUUGGAUACCCAGCAUAUGCUACUAUUAAGGCAAUCCGUAAAGACCAGAGGGAGGAUGAUACUCAGUGGCUUGUUUACUGGACAAUUUUCGCAUUUUACUCGCUGAUUGACUUCUUCGCUGAAGCGAUUAUGCGUGUAUUACCCAUUUACUGGAUCACUAAGGUCAUUAUCUUACUCUACCUUCAUCUUCCACAGACUUAUGGGGCCCAGAUCUUCUAUGAGAAAUGCCUUAACCCACUUCUUGCUAACAUCGAACGCACCAUCAAUAGACAAUAA